CUUCAAUAGCUUUAUCCAUCAUGAACGAGGAACUCAUAAGUAGUGCCAUUAGCUUUUUGAAAGACCCCAACGUGCAGUCGUCGCCCUUGACGAAGAAAAUUGAAUUUUUGGAGUCAAAGGGAUUGAAUCAGGCGGAAAUUGAAGAGGCCAUGAAAAGGGCUAAUGAAGGUCAAAGUCAAAGUCAAAGUCACGGCCAAAGCCAACCAAGCCAAUCAAGCCAAUCAAGCCAAUCAAGUCAAUCAAGCCAAUCAAACCAAUUGAGUAACGCUCCUUUGGACUAUUAUAAUGUCCCACCGCAGGUACCAGAUCGGUCAUGGAAAGAUUACUUUAUUAUGGCCACCGCUACCGCUGGGGUUACUUAUGGACUUUACCAAGUGGUCAGUAAGUAUUUAGUUCCAAGCAUCAUUCCAGCAAAGCAGUCGAGUAUCGACGAAGAUAAAUAUAGAAUUAAUGAAGAGUUUAUCAAGAUUGAUAAGGUCUUGGAAGUGUUGGAAGAAGAUCAAAAUCAAAUCAAAAGCCAAAACGAAGAAAAAUGCAAAGAGCUCGACAUUGUAAUUGAUAACGUGAAUGAUUUCCUCAGCAAGUAUAAUAAAGAUAAAUUGAAAUUCGACGAUGAUUUAAAAUUAAUGAAAUUAGAAAUUGAUAAUUUGAAAAACUCCGUUGAAAAAAAUAUGAAUUUAACCAAAGAAAAUAUUAAGGACGAAUUACAAGACAUCUCAGAAGAAUUAACCUCUUUGAAAAACCUCAUCAGAGCAAGGUCUUCUGAACUGAAAGACUCGGCUAGAAAAGUUCCUCCGGUUUCCUCAAUUCCUUCUGCUCUGGAAAUCUUGAAAAAGGCCAAAUCCGGCUCUUCCACCCCAGAGUCUCAGCCUACAGGCUCGGCUACCUCUGCAGAAACUAAACCAACCACCGUAGAUAACGUUACUGCUGCCGGGAUUCCAGAAUGGCAGACCAAACAUAAAGAAGCUGAAGGCAUUCCUUCCUGGCAAGCCAAAGACAAGCCCGAAAACGGCAUCCCAUCCUGGCAAACAAACGCCUCCGACGAUAAAGUAGCUAAAAGUAUAGCCAACGUAGGUGUUCCUUCCUGGCAACUAAACGCUUCUUCUUCUUCUUCAUAGUAUUUAAUAAACACCCGU